UUCAUGUCGAUGAACACUACGCGCACGCGUCUUAUUGCAUGCGUGUGUGCAUAAAAAUGUGUAUGUACAUUUACACUCUCACCGUAUCGCGAAAACACACUUUACACACACGCGCAAGUAUAUUUGCACACGGUACAUAUCUGCGAAUUGACAGCUGCCAGCACGAGAAGCAGAAGUGGCAGAUCAUGUAAGAAUCUCUCGAAUCGGCAAAGCAGUUUACCAUCCCACGAACGAUUGCACUGCCAAAGAGACACGUUAGAAGAGUUGGCAGAAUAGGCAGACGCAGGAACAGUAGCGGGCGAAGGAGUGGACGAUCCAGAAGCGGAAUGACACGUCCUCCUAAUAAUGACAACCUUAUGACCUUUAAGUUGGUCGUUGUUGGAGAUGGAGGGGUCGGCAAGAGUGCUCUUACAAUACAGUUUUUUCAGAAACUGUUUGUCGCAGAUUAUGAUCCAACUAUCGAAGAUAGUUAUAUUCAACACACAGAGAUAGAUGGCCAAUGGUGUAUUUUGGAUGUGUUGGAUACAGCUGGUCAAGAAGAAUUUAGUGCUAUGCGUGAACAAUACAUGCGUAAAGGUGAUGGAUUUCUUUUGGUAUAUUCUGUAACCGAUAAACAGUCUUAUCAAAACAUUGUCAAUUUUCACACUCAAAUUCUACGAGUAAAAGACAGAGAUAUUUAUCCUAUGCUAUUGGUAGCCAAUAAAGUUGAUCUAGUGCAUUUGAGGAAAGUCACAGAGGAACAGGGAAGAGAAUUGGCUCAUCGUUUGGGCAUACCUUAUAUUGAAACUUCUGCCAAAGAUCCACCCUUAAAUGUAGACGCUGCCUUUCACGAGGUUGUUCGUAUUAUCAAAAAUCAACCACCAGCCGAAUUGGAGAAAAAUCAAAGAAAACGACGGCGCUCGAGAAAAUGUAACAUUUUAUAAGUUACAAAAACAGAGUAUAUGUACGCACAUCGUGUGUAAGAACUAAGGACCAUGGGUGCUGCAUCGUAAUCGUGCAACGCCUUUAUUCCCGAGAGAGUACGUCCUUGAGUUUAGGAGGUUCAUCAAAAAGAAUGAUUCUUCUGUUUCCCAAUAAGGUAUCUGUGACUAUCUUUUUAUCUUCUGCUCCUCUUGCUUUAUGCCAUAGCAUUGACAACUGCUAUGAAGUAUUUUUUGCUUCAUACUCUGUGAAUGUUAUAUCUGUGGAGAAUAAGUAUCACAGAGAGUGUGCCAAUGCGAAACAAGAGAACUCUGACAUUUGUAUCGCGAAAAUUAAAUUAGAAUUUUCGAAUCUAUAGUUCAGGAUUAAUUUAUUAUGAUAAUUGUGGCAAAAAAAAGGAGCAUUGGAGAUAUUGACUGUUCAUUCUUUACAUGAUAAAUCGAGACCACGUCUCUAUCCGUGCGUACACAUCAAUUUUCUACCA